GCCACCCUUCAGUCCAGUCCAGCGCCGGAUCCGGAGUUCAGUCGCCACCGUUAACUCUUUCAAAUUGGACGCAGCGAGCGGCGAAAGCGCGUUCGCGACAAAAGCCAAGCCAAGUGAGCGAGAGGGGAAUAGUUAGAGCGAAAGCGAGAUAUUGCCUAUGGAUAUAGCAUCGAAAUAAAAGUGCGGAUAGUGAUCGUUGCAUCUAUCAGAAUCAAAUAAUAAAAUCAUAAUUAAAUCUAACUACAAAAAAUUUGAAAUUGUCACAAAAGAAAAGAAAGAAGUCCUCUAAAGACAAAUGAAUAACUUUUCAUAAAAACAAAAACAAUAAUAAUACCCGAAAAAAACAAUUAAAAUAGGUAUUUACUAGCUAUCUCUGACAGCAUCAAUUCCAAACAGUUUUAAAAAACAAACUUCAAAUUUCAAGUGUCCGUGUCCCGGAACGUGUAGUUGACCCUCGAUUACGCCCGCAUCCCGCGCAUACGCUUUGCAUGUGAGGCCCCCAAUCGACCUUCUUCGGUCCCUGGUCGAUCCAAUGAAAAUGGAAGAUCCCACCAUAGCCGACACGUACGUCCAGGAGUUUGAUCUGCACCACCUGGAGGUGGCGGGGGGGCCAGGAAAUGGAGCUGCAAGCGGCCACCCGAAUUCAGCUACCGCGAUCACUGCCAUCGGUCAUGUAAAGCGGGAGGAUCAUAGUCCGCCCCAACCUGUGGCGGUCAAGUGGACCACAGUUCAUGGGGACCCGGCGAACCCGGAAGAUGUAACGGAGCCGCUGGCUUUGGCAGGACCAGAAGCCGCCGGAGCCGUGGAGGUUUCCCCGUCGCCGCACAUAAAGCUGCGUUCCUUUUCGGGUCAUCACCAGUGGCAUAUGGAUGAGCGCCGCCUGCAGCCCCUGUCCCCACCGCCGGAACAGUACGGUCCGUUGCCAGGCCAGGCUAUUUUAGUGGCCACAUCCUCAGGCACUAACACGGCGACCGGUGUACCUGGCGGUGUGCCGUCUACUCCGCCGGAAACCCCGCCAGUAGUAGGGUCUCCCACGGGCAGUAGUAGCUGUCCGGCUCAAACAUAUGCCCACCAUUAUUCCCGGACGCCGGGUACCUCUGCAUCCGCUUCCGCCUCUGCUGCAUCCGCCGCCUCAGCGGCAGCUGCUGCCUCUGGAGCUGCGGCCGUCAGUGCCGGCCUCAGCCAUGACAUGAUGUGGCUGACGAACUCCAUUCGUGCGGACCAACAGCCGUUGGAUUUAAGGCCCCUAGCAUAUCCAGGCUCGCAGGAGGAAGCUGAGGAAUGGGACCGGCAACGAGAAUUAGCUCUACAGGCGGCGGCGGCUCACCACCAUCACCACGGCCAGCCGCUGAUGCAGGCACAGCACCAUCCGCACGGACCCACCAGUCAUCCUCAUCCGCACCAGGUGGUGCUUCAGCAAGCCAAGUAUCCGCAUCACCACCACCACCACUUCCACAACCUGGAACUGACGCCCAUUAACAUGCACUCGAAUUCCUACGUUGGCUCCAACGGAGGAUCGUUCACGCCCACUUGCCUGCCUCAGGUUCCGAGCAAUGGAAGCGGUAGCACCAGCAGCGGGGGUGGCGGCGUAGGGGGAGGAGCGGGACAAGGUAACAGCGUUUCCGGCAGCGUUGGGGGAGGAUCAUGUAUGAUUACCCGGGCCUCGCUUCAGCCUUGCCGACCGCUCUCCGCCAGUUCGACGAGAUCUUCAAACAACAUGUCGCCACGAACGUGUUCCGGAGCUUACAGCAAUGCCACACUAGAGGACUGCAUCAAUGAUGACAUGCUGACCACACUGACAGUGCGGGAACUGAACAAACGACUUCACGGGUGUCCCAGAGAAGAAGUGGUACGCCUGAAGCAAAAGCGUCGUACCCUAAAGAAUCGCGGUUACGCCCAGAACUGCCGAUCCAAACGGUUACACCAGCGGCACGAGCUCGAGAAGGCCAACCGGCAACUGAACCAGGAUCUGCAUAGGCUGAAGUUGGAGUACUCGAGGGUGUGCCAGGAACGGGACGCACUGAUGCAGCGUCUGCAGAGGGUGGGUGCCGCUGGAAAUGGCGCCGCAGGCGCCACUGGUGAUAGCCAGAGUUCCCAGGAGUUCUACCUAUGACGCCAGCUGGCGGCGACCAGCGGCUCCUCGUCAUCCUCCUCCGCAUCGCACCACCAGCAGCUCCACCUUCAGCAUCGGGGACCGCAAUGGAACAGUCAGCAGCUGGUCAACUAAGAGCGCUUUCAGGUAGUAGGAAGGUAUUUCCCUAGGACAGUUAUUUUUUGCGAAGGCUUGCAACAUAGUUUUUUUAGUUUGCCGAACUUUGGUUAGAGGUUUUUAUUCUUACAAACGACAAUAUGAAAAAUUAGUUUCAAUACAAAACGGUCCAACCUUUUAAACUUUUCCUAUAAUUUUAUAUAACUUACACAUAUAUUAUUUUAAAACAUGUUCCCAAUAAGCUAGGCUUUAAAACUUCUCAGUUCUCAAUAUCAUUUGAAAAAUAUUGACGCUAAUCCUAAUUAAUCGCAUAUCAUUUGAUUCAUUUAUUUAAAAACAUUUCCAUUACAAAUAUGUGUAUUAACAAUAAGGGUUUUGAAAGAAAUGUAGUUCCGGAAAAUCUCCUCCAGCUACCAAUUCUGUAUAAUUUUAAUUGUGACAAUAAAUUUCAAUUGAAUUUAAGUUUGCGUACUUUCAAAGUGAUCGAUAGAGAUUGAUGUACAUGUAGGUAGAUUGAGAUAGAGAGAGAGUGCACGUUUGGAUGGAACUUUUGCUGAUUAUCAGUCUGACUCAAGCGAAGACCGAUUAUGAGAAUAUUUAUUCAAACUCGUAUGUAUAGAGAACAAACAUUGUAUAAAACAAAAAAACAAAAACAAGAAAAGUGAAACACACUUGCUGCUUCUGAUUAACGAUCGCUACUUUAUUACAAAUUACGAGUUAGUAACACACGCUUAUUUGUUGAUUAGUUCUAGCCUUAGUUUCUCUUCUAGUAUUAAGCGAGAGCAGAAGCGAAUAAUAAUAAUAAAUAUCAUAGUUGCGACAGUAGCACGCAGAGUUGUUCUCAAAGGUCGUGUUUCCGUUUCCGCUUUAAAAUCCCGUUGCCAAGCCAUCAGCCGUCAACCGUCAAGCAAGCAAUAAAAUCACCAAAACUAAAGGUUGUAUUAUGUUUAAAUAUUUCAAACUUAAGAAUCCGAACGUAUGUAUAAAGCAAAUCUCAACUCUGAAGUAAACUAAAGCAAAAAAGUCCUAUACUAUGUAACGAGCACUCGAUGAGAAUGAUAAUGGCAAAUGUACAUACACCUACACAUAUAUUUAAGGUUUUUGCAAAUCAAAUUCAAAUAUCGCUCUUUCUGAAAUCAGAAGAGGAUCAUGAAUCCUGAAUGCAACUAAACGAAUGAUAAAGAAUUAAAUAAAAACAAUUGUGAGUAGUUGAUAAGUGUGCAUAAAACAAUUUAGCAAUAAAUAAAUCUAAAUUAAAAGUAAUAGUUAAA